AUCAGUGUACUGUGUGUUGUUAACAGCAAUGUAACCCCAAAACCAGCACUACAGGAGAUGUCUAUGUCUUUUCAUACUUAAAAACACUGAAAUCAACAUGGCAAGAAACAUUUGAGAGAAAGAGUGACAAACACUGUUGUAGGUGAAGAAUUUGUGGUGGUGGUGGUGGUGGAUGGUGGUUCUGGUGGAGGUGGUAGUAGAGUAGGAGUAGGAGCAGAGGGGAGGGGGUGGCAGGAUACUAAAAAUGGCAAGGAAAUGUAGGUUGGUAGGCAGUAGAGAAUGAAAGGCAUGGGAAUGACAUUAGUGAUGUUAUUUAUUUAGAAGAGAGGAAAGGAGUGAUGGAGGGAGGCAACAGCUCCAACCAAGAUGGAAAUGACAUUCACACCGAAAAUUGGAGGUUGUGUGCCGGGCCAAAUGUCUCGAUACCGUCCGCUGGGGAUAGAGUUUUCUACUUCCCUCAAGGUCACAUUGAGCAGGUGGAGGCUUAUGCAAAUCAGGACAGUAACCGGCCGAUGCCAAGUCAUGGUCUUCCUUCGAAGAUUUUAUGCCGAGUUGUUAAUGUUCAGCUUAAGGCAGAACGAGACACCGAUGAGGUGUUUGCACAAGUAUCCCUGGUCCCUGAACAUGAGCAGCAGGAGAACACAGCUGUAUUUGCUACUCAGGAACCAACUGGUCUGAACCCGCGCGUGUAUUCCUUUUGCAAGAUUCUCACUGCCUCUGACACCAGUACUCAUGGAGGGUUUUCUAUUCUCAAAAGACAUGCUGAGAAAUGCCUUCCACCACUGGAUAUGUCACAACAGCCCCCAGUGCAGACACUGGUGGCAAAGGAUCUGCAUGACGUUGAGUGGACCUUCCGUCAUAUUUAUCGUGGACAACCGAAACGUCACUUGCUUACUACUGGUUGGAGUACAUUUGUAUGUGCGAAAAAGCUUGUUGCAGGGGAUGCUUUCAUUUUCCUCAGAGAUGAAAAUGGAGAACUCCGUGUUGGUGUUCGUCGUGCAAUGAAAAAGCCGGGGAAUUCUUCUGCAUCUGUUAUAUCCGGUCAAAGUAUGCGACUUGGAGUUCUUGCUUCUGCAUCUCAUGCUAUUACCAGUGGGGCUAUGUUUACUCUGUAUUACUGGCCAAGGAGAAGCCCUGAAUUUCUGAUUCCGUAUGAUCGAUAUAUGGAAUCCGUUAAAAUAGAAUAUCCAAUUGGCAUGAGGUUUCAGAUGAAGUUUGAGGGCGAUGAGGGCCAAGAAGAAAGGUUAACUGGUACUAUAGUUGGUAAAGAAGAUUCUGAACCGAUGAGUUGGCUCGAUUCACAAUGGAGAUGUUUAAAGAUUCAGUGGGAUGGAACAUUAACCGCCAUGCAUCCGGAGAGAAUUUCUCCAUGGCAAAUUAUCCCAUUCACAUCGGCUGAUGUUCAUCCAUUAGUGAAUUCACGAUCAAAGAGGGUGCGAAAUGCUUAUUACCGGACACCGCCCCAGGGUCCUUUAAAUGCCCCUGUUUAUCCGAUUCCCAGAUAUUCUGGGGUCUUGCAAGGUCAAGAAAACAUGGCACAAGGACAAAGAUCCGGUUGUGUCAUUGUCGAACAACCAAACUUACGGGAGCUCUCAACUCCUGGUUAUCUGCCUCCACAUACUAACAAGGCUGAAGGAAAUCAUAAUGUGGUUGAUUACACAAAACCGAUGGAGUUGGAAAACUUAUCCUUCCCUUUGCGGCCUAAAUUUUCUGCCGCGGAGACUUCCUACAGAAACCCGGGUUCUAAAACUUUUGAUAAUCCAUCUUUAGACUCCUAUUGGCACUUUGACAAGCAGAAUGCAGAGAGAUCGCUGAAUGAAACUAAUGCCGGAACUAUAAAUAACAGCGGCAAGCAAUCUAUGUGCAAGAUCUUUGGUGUUCUGAUCAAGGGUUCAACCAGUACCAUGUCACCGAACAUUGUAACCUCAGUGCCUCCACAAGAUGUAGCUCCUGUGGCACAACCUAAGGUGGCUACGUAUGAUAUUGAUCAACUUUCAGAGCCGUCGAAGAGCACGAGGCCGACUGAAUCUGGUUGUUCUGCUAGCUUAAACGAGCAGUCGAGCUCAGCUCAACUUUUUCAAGCCCGUAGUUGCACGAAGGUUCAUAAGCAGGGUUCAGCUCUUGGAAGAUCAGUCGAUCUUUCAAGGUUCGAAGGGUAUGAAGAACUGAAGAAAGAGCUCGAUAGGAUGUUUGAAUUCAAUGGUGCUCUGAUUGAUCAAAGCAAAGGGUGGAAGAUCAUCUACACAGAUGAUGAGGGGGAUAUUAUGAUGUUAGGAGAUUACCCUUGGCAUGCUUUCUGCUCAAUGGUGAGAAGGAUAUACAUCUACACUCAAGAAGAGGUUGAGAAGCUGAAGCCAGGGAUGCUGAAUGGAUGAAUUCUGAGACGCUGUAGAAGAAGACUAAUAAUGUUGUUAAAAACUCUUUAUUGAAUCCUGGUGUCAGUUAUUAAGUUUUGUUGCUCAUUCUGGAGGAACAGAGACUGAAUCAUAAAGGCGCAUAUGCGCUCUCUGCUGUGUUUUUUAUUAAAACUUUUCAUAAGCACCAUGAUUUUGGAAAUUAGAUGAAUGACAGCUGAUUUGGUGAUGCUUAAA